GAUUUCGCCCCACUGAUAUUUUAGAAAGCUUCACUCAAACAAAAUGACAGAAGAAGAAACGAAAAAUAUCUGGGUGGAUGGAAGUUUUGACAUGGUCCAUUUUGGUGACGUCUAUAAACUUCGAUCUGCUAAAGCACAUGGUGCCAAACUGAUUGUUGGUGUCCACAGUGAUAAAGAAAUUUUCCGUAACACCGGUAAAUAUCCCAUCUUCAAAGAGAAUGACCGAUAUCGGCUUAUUAGUGCGCUGAAAUGUGUAGACCAGGUGAUCAAAAAUGCUCCUUAUCGCACCACAGCUGACAUCCUCGACAAGCACCUCUGCAAAUAUUGUGUAGUUGAAGAGAGCGAAAUGGAUGAGGACAGAAUCGCGGACGUACGCAGGAACGAUCGCUGCCUUGUAACUAAACAAGCCUUCAACAUCUCCUACGAGGAUAUUGUUGAAAGAGUGCUGCGCUCCCAAAAAGCUGUAGAAAACGGAGAAUGCAUAACGAAGCCCUGGGGGACUACACCAUUCCUUGCCACAUCAGAAACCUUCAAGAUGUUCUCAGCUGGCUCACAACCCAAGGAAGGAGAUAAGAUAGUCUAUGUUUGUGGUACAUUUGACAUCUUCAACGUUGGUCAUCUGUCGUUUCUUGAGAAAGCCAAAAACCUUGGUGAUUAUUUGAUUGUGGGCAUUUACUCUGAUGAGGAGAUCAUACAAACGGAGGGUUAUCAUCCCAUAAUGUCCCUAUACGAGCGAGCAUUAUGUACAUUUGCAUACAAGCCGGUGGACGAAAUUAUACUCGGAGCCCCAAAAGUUCUGAUUAAGGAUAUGCUGGAUAGAUUCAAAAUCAGUAUUGUGGCUCGAGGUCUGAGCACAUCUUCUUCUGAUCGAGAGCGUUUUGCUGAGGCUAAAAAGAAAGGGAUUUUGAGAGUUAUCAACUCGCAUUCAAAUGUGACAACAAAUAGAGUAGUGGAUAGGAUACUCAGAAAUAGAUCUUCCAAGGAACGCGAACAGGCUGAAGUCGAAUACAUCAAUCUCUUUCGCAAUGGAGUGGAUAGCUCGUUCUCACAAUAUCCAGUACAACAACAAGGUUAAGAUCUAUCCGAAGACAAGUACCGUAAAUCAUGUCUGAGCAAGAUAGCUUUGUAUAAAAUCAUUUCGUAAUACUGUACAAAAGCGAUUGUUGCCGUUGAUAAUCGUUUGCAUGUUUCUUGUAUUAUUUGACAUUCUUUGGAGUUCUCUAUUCAAUGUAAUUUCUAAUCAAGCCUAUGAAAUGCUAGAGUGAUCUACAUUUGCACAGGGACUUUCCUAUUGAGCUCUCGCAGGCGAUAUUGUUUGUACAAAUCAAAUUUUGCUCGAAUUUUUGUGCAGUUUUCACCGCUU